UCCACUGACAUGUUCACUGUAGAAAAUGUGAUGCGCGUUCACGUCGCGACAGAGCUUGCGCCAAAUAGUCUUGAUAGAUAGACAUCUGGAUCAAGAGAAAAGAAAAGGUGUAGCUGGCAUUUUCCACUUAAACUAGUUUUGUAACAUCAUACAGUUGCCCGGGGGCACGACUAGCGCAUUGCCACAAUGGCAGAAUGGAACGCCUACUACCAAAAUGAGGAAGAAGAUUUGGAUGGAGAGGAAGGGGAGGAGUCUGGAGUGGACUAUAAGACAACAGGGCGUGACAGCCUGGUGUUUCUGGUGGACGCUUCCAAGGAGAUGUUCAUCAAGGAGGAGAGUGGAGAGCUCACCCCGUUUGACAUGACUAUGCAGUGUGUUCGUAGCGUUUACACCAGCAAGAUCAUCAGCAGUGACAAGGACCUUGUGGCUCUCGUUUUCUAUGGGACAGAACAGAGCAAAAACCCAAGGAACAGUUUCAAACAUGUGUAUGUCUACCAUGACCUGGACACACCAGGUGCCGGCCGGGUGCAAGACGUGGAUGGGCUGCGUGGGGAGGACGGUGCCAAGGUGGCAGCAAAGACGAUGGGCAGUGGGAAGACCAACCUGGGCGAGGCCCUGUGGUGCUGCUCCAAUCUCUACAGUGACAUCAAACUGCGGCUCUCCCACAAACGGCUGAUGAUAUUCACCUGCCGAGACUCGCCACACGAGGGCGACAGCGAACGCGACCGCCAGGCCCGCACCAAGGCAGGUGACCUCAAAGAGACUGGUGUAGUGAUUGACCUGAUGCAUCUGAUGAAGCCAGGUGGGUUUGACGUCUCCAUCUUCUUCUGCGAUGUGGUCAGCCCCCCCGAGGAUGAUGCUGAGCUGGGCCUUCAGAUGGAGCCUUGUGUGAAACUGGAAGACCUCAAGAAGAGGGUCCGGGCCAAGGAAAUGAAGAAGAGAUCCAUUGCACGGCUGAAUUUGUGUCUAGGGGAAGGCAUGAAUGUGGCGGUGGGUGUGUACAUUACAGCCCUACAGGCCAGGAAGCCUAACCCCAUCAAGCUCUUCAAAGACAACAAUGAGCCUGUACGCACCAAGACCCGCCUCUACCACACACAGACUGGCAGCCUGCUGCUACCUAGCGACACCAAGAGAGCUCAGGUGUAUGCAAGCAAGCAGAUAGUGAUGGAGAAAGAUGAGGUGGAUGUGAUAAAGAAGUUUUCUGACCCGGGACUGGAGCUAAUUGGGUUCAAGCCAAUGGAGCGCCUCAAACUGCACCACCAUCUCAGGUCACCUGUCUUCAUAUACCCAGAGGAGGAGAUGGUCACAGGGAGUGCCUGUAUGUUCACAGCCUUGCUGAAGAGGUGUAGUGAGAGGAAUGUGUUUGCUUUGUGUAAAUAUACACGGAUCCGUAACUCACCCCCACGAUUCUUGGCGCUGGUCCCCCAGAGAGAGGAGCUGGAUGAGGGGCAAGCCCAAAUUGCUGCUCCAGGUUUCCAUGGCAUCUUCCUGCCCUACGCGGAUGACAUCCGUACCCUUGACACCCCACAGUUACCCACUGCAUCUGACUCGCAGGUUGACAAGAUGAAGGAGAUUGUACAAAAGCUGCGGUUCAAAUACCGGUGUGAUGCAUUUGAAAACCCAGUCCUCCAGAAACACUUCAGGAACCUUGAAGCCUUGGCUCUAGAUCUCAUGGCCCCAGAGGAGAUAGAGGACCACACCAUGCCCAAGAUAGAAAUGAUGGACGAGCGUCUUGGUUCACUGGCUCAGGAAUUCAAAGAUCUUGUGUACCCUGCUGACUACAACCCAGAGGGAAAAACCGCAAACAAACGCAAACCAGCUGAGGCAGCAGGUGGUGCAGAAAAGAAGCCUAAGGUGGAUAUCUCUGAGGAUGAGCUGAGGGGUCACGUACAGAAAAAUACCCUGCAUAAGCUGACUGUGCCCAUACUGAAGGACGCCUGUAAGCAGUUUGGGGUGAAAGUCACUGGGACCAAGAAGCAAGAACUAAUAGACGCCCUGACGGCACAGCUUGCCAAUUGAUGUGUGGAUGUCGAAAUGUGUUUGUCUGUGUUCUUGUCAGAUGAUUGCUUUGACCUAAGGAUGUACUUAAAAUGGAAAAAUACGCUUCUAAUUUACGUUGACAUUAAGACGAUUUUGUUAGUUUCAUUUACAUGUUCUAACUUUGUAAUAAAAACAGAUGGAAAAACUUAA